CCGCAUUUGCAUAAAUCCUGGGAAAUUACAAAGUCUGAGUCGUGGCCCCAGGUAAUUUCCUCCAGGCCUCAAUGGGGUUCUGUAUAAAGGCCCUCAGGCGCUGAGCCCUGACAGAACACAGACCCAAGGCCAAACUUGCUGCCCAGAGCCCCACGAAGUCAAUGGCCCUGCAGCUGCUGCUCUGGCUCGGUGCACUCUGGGCAGUGCAAGAAGCUGCGCCCCCAGGCCCUGCCAGCUCCCUGCCCCAGGGCUUCCUGCUCAAGUGCUCAGAGCAAGUGCGGAAGAUCCAGGCUGACACCUCGAUGCUGCAGGAGGAGCUGUGCGCCACCCACAAGCUGUGCCACCCUGAGGAGCUGCUGCUGCUCGGGCACUCUCUGGGCAUCCCGCGGGCUCCGCUGAGCAGCUGCUCCAGCCAGGCCCUGCAGCUGCCCGGCUGCCUGAGCCAACUCCACAGCGGCCUCCUCCUCUACCGCGGCCUCCUGCAGGCCCUGGCGGGGAUUUCCCCGGCCUCAGCGCCAGCCCUGGACAAGCUGCAGCUGGAUGUCGCCGACUUUGCCACCACCAUCUGGCACCAGAUGGAGGACCUGGGGCAGGCUCCUGCCGUGCAGCCCACCCAGAGCACCAUGCCAGCCCUCACCUCUGCCUUCCAGCGCCGGGCGGGCAGCGUCCUGGUCGCCUCCCACCUGCAGAGCUUCCUGGAGCUGACCUACCGUGUCCUGCGCUACCUGGCCCAGCCCUGAGCAAAGCUCCCCUUCCCACUGUAUUUAUCUCUAUUUAAUAUUUAUGCUUAUUUAAGCCUCGUAUUUAAAGACAGGGAAGAGUGAAACAACUCCAGACUCCAGGUCCUUCCCUCUCUCCAAGUUUCAUUCUCCUGCAUGGGAGGGAGAUUGGUAAAUACCAAGUAUUUAUUCCUGACAGGGCUCCCGGCAGCCUCCGCGGGCACUGGGAAGAGCUGCCGUGAGCCCCCGGGGCCCUGGGGAGCACCAGGAGGUCCACGUGGGAGACAAGACUGCUCUGUUUAAUAUUUAAACAGCAGUGUUCCCCAACUGGGCCAACCAGGUCCCAUGCCCCCUCACAGCCCCCCACCACGCGUAUUAGGUAAAGUCCUGGACAGGGGCAGCCAGGGCUGGGAAGCCAGGCCCUGUGAAGGCCUCUGGCUCACGGGCGGGCAGUGCAGGCAUCACCGGAUGUCCCGAGCCGUGGCGCCUGCCCCAGCAGCGGCAGGAUUUGGCUCCUUUUCUGGCUGGGCAUUUGCCUUGGGAAUGUGAGAGGGAAAAGACAAGGGGACUCCUGCUGGGGGGGGGGGGGGGCAACAGGAAGUGUGCUGUCACCCCUUCCCUGCCCCCCUUUCUCACUGUCACCAAGUUUUAGGGCAAUAAAAUGUGUCUCCAGAAA